AUGGCAGCCAAGUCGAUAGUUCUAAUUGCUCUGGCGGUGUUGUUGGUCGCGUUGGAGCUAUGUCACGCGUACCCACGUGAGAUCAACCUGGCCCGACGAGAUAGCGACCUCGACAGUCUGGCCAGCGAGUUCAAGUUCAAGGGAGGACGAAUGCGGUAGGAUUACGGUAGUGUUUUAGCUGUUUUGUGGUAAAAUGUUUACAAUUUUUUUACUUUUAUACCUAUACCUUAGUUUUUAUUACAAUUUUAAGCUGCAUUUACCCCUUUAUAAGCACGAUAUAACAUGCCCCAUCACGGUAAUAUCCAUCUACAGUAACCCUUUAUACUUACCCUAACCUACAGUAUUCCUUUGUAGUUUCGGAAAACGCUCGAAACCCGACAAAGUAGUGUCAUUGAUGGAAGACCCCAUGUACUACACGGCCGACCGCUACAUGUGGCUACAGUAAGCCAUCAGCUACCGUAACCCCAGUCCACUUUGACUUCAGAAGCCGCGCAUCCAUUGAAAGACUUUGAAAACGCCGUUUUAUGCAAAUUUUUUUUCGAGCCAGAGUAAAUAAAUUCUUGUAAAUUGUUUUUUAUUUUCAAAAUGAAAAAGGUGACACUAACUGUGACAUUUGUUUGGUUGACUUUCGCGAAUCCAUGCUACGAACAUACUGGAAAUGUCAAUCGGUAUGACAUUUUAUUUGAUUUUGAGUAAAACCAUGCCGUUAGCAAUUGGUAAUAGUCAUUAUAUUAGGUUAUCAAGUAAUUCUGUGCCUCUAACCUCAAACGUCUGCUUGGAAAUGGGGCUCAGAAUUAUUUGAACAACCUAAUAGUUUUUCGAUCGGUGAAAUAAACGUUUUUGUUUAUUUUGAAUUCUGUUUUAAAUUAAUAGGGUACUUAUUUCUAUCAUAGAUAACACAUAUAGUGGUAAGUCGCUAUGGAGGAAGAGAAGGGGAUGUAAUUACUCCCGUUCCCCUCCUCAGAUAAAAACUGUGGCGAUGUCCCGUACAUAUGAUACAUAAUUUUGUAAAAUAUUUUGAGAACUGCAAACAUAUAAAGUAACAUUACGUACCGUUCUUCAGAGUACGAGUGUUUCCCUGUGAGUUUGGAACUGAGCUUAUAUUUGAAAAUGUAAAUUCAUUUUUGAAAGUUGACUUGAAACUGAAUCAAAAACAAUGUCAUGGCUUGAAUAUAAAGGUCGGAAAGUGUUUUCUGCGCUUUUCCAAAGACAAAUCGGACGGAAUCACAAUCAAUAAUGGUAUGCUUUUGUAAAUUAAAUUAAAAAACAAAAAUUACAAUUUAUUACUGAAUUAUAUAUAUAUUGUUGUAGUCUAAAACCCUUUUCUAUUUUAUUAGACAUUACUCGAAAACUUCUUUUCACCGAACUAGCUUCUAAUAAGUUAUAUUAUAAUACCUUUUUGAACUUUCAUAUCAGUAAGUUAUCUUUCAGCCAUUAGUCUCAACCCGGACGACACUUAUGGCCACCAGAUAAUGUUUUACUCAGGCCAGGUCUUGUACAAUCGAAUGCCAUUUGUUUUUUGUGAUCCGAGUAACGUAAAUGGUACCUUCACUUUUGAGUUUCAACAAUUCGAAAAUUGCAUCACAGAAAUAACCGCGGUGAGUUAAGGUAUAUGUUUCGUACAUAACUCUACUUUUUACCUUUGAGUUCAUAAUAAUAUAAAAGUCUGUUACCUUUUGUUUCAAUGUCAAAAAAAGGCAACCAUAAAACAUUAUUUUUCAGAAUUCAGAGUACGAUACCGUUAUCAGAGACGUCGAACCAGAAGCAGAGCCAGACAUUAAAAAGAGGCUGUCUGAUUUGGAUGUUUAUGUUGGAUUCUACUUGUUUGUAAUAUCUUUUGUAUUCCUAUGGUAAGUUAUUUUUGUUUUUAAAUUUUACCUUUGGUUUUAAUAUCAAAUAUAAUGUGACUGAUUGAAGAUAAACUUACAGGAUCAUUGGCUUGUCUGUAGUUUCGGGCGUGGUAUACGUAUUAUGCGACAAGAUGUGCUGCAAAGAAUUCGAUUUGGAAACACACUUAGACGACCUUUACAGUAAACCGUACAACCAAUGGUACGAAGAGGGUACUAGUACCUACUUGAAUAACUGGUGA